AUGGCUUUGUUCUUGGGAGUUUUUCAGGAGCUUUCUGGCAGUUCCUGGCGAAGCAUCUUCACGGAUUCCUUGCCCCAGGGUAAACGCGCACCUGCUUUCGUGAAGAACUGGAUCCUCCAGCUUCUAGGCGCUGCCUGCGCCACCUUGCUCGCCGCCCUGGUGAUGCAGCUACCGCACGAGGAGAUCUGGUGCAUCAAGCUGAGCCUAUGGUGUGGGCUCUCCAUCAUGGUGCCCAUGUCCAUGGCUAUCCUUAGAAUGGCUGAUCCGGAGGCUUCGGAGUUCCCAAAGUUUCAGGAAGACUCGGAGGCGGGACUUUCCCAGUCGGGGCGCCCUCGGGUGUCUCGAUGCUGCGCGACGGUGCCGUGCCUUUGUGCAACGUUCUUCGUCACGUCGACUGCGACUGCAGGACUUACAGCAAGGUUCUUUGUGCUAUUCUUUACGAACGAAGUCCAGCUUUCCAUGACGAACAUCUACUUGCUGGAGGCAGCGGCCUCGUUGGCAGGUGCCCUUUGCAGCCAAGCCUCCGAACGAGUGGCGAAACACGCUGGCCGAUCCCUCACGAUGUUCUGCGCAGUCGUGCUCUCUACCUGCAGCACCUUUCUUCUCACGGCCGACUUGUCACCAGAGCUUCUGUCCGCGUUCUUUCUGCUUCGACGUGGCCUGGGCAACUGCUUCAAGCCUUUGCUGGACUCGAUCAUUGCGGAUUUCACUCCCUCUGCGCACCGAGGGAAAUGGAAUGCCCUGCUCUCCAUGAGCAGGGUCGGCUGGAGUGGCACAGCCUUUCUGGGCGGAUACUUGGCAGACCUUUGUGGUUACAGAUAUGUCAUCUUCGUCAGCUCUUUGAUGUUCUCUGCUGCCGCGUGCCUUUUCCUGGGUCCGUUGGUGUGGCUAGUGCCCCGCAGUCUGGACGUUAAGCAAGCGCCUGCUGCGAAUUGA